GCUUUAGUUUUGAUUGAUUGGUUAGCUUCUAGUGUCUGUUUUACUCAGUGACUUAUGGAGUUUUGUUGGAACAAACUUUGCUGGAGAAGAAAAGAAGUGGGUUUAUCUCAGUUUUUUAUUUUCUUUUGACCAAUGCGAUGACAUGAUCAGCUCAGUGUCUUAGGGACCCAGUUCAUGAUUUUAUGUUGUUUGUAUUGUGAUGGAUGAUCACGUGGUUAAAAAUGGUCAAGUUCAAUGUAUUUUCUCUGGUUGGGUGCUGGAAAUUAGACUGCUGGGCCUAUAUUGAAUAAGGUGGCCUUCUAUCUUCCAGAAGGGAUCGAAAGAAUUUUCUGUGCAUACUAAUUGUGGCCAAUGAUUGCUGAUUGAGUUAGAAACCAUGUCUGCAUAUGGCCAUCAAAUGGAGCGGGAGUACUCCGCGCGGAGUCUCUCCAAUAGAGAAAAUUCCGGCACGGAGAUGGGAAGUCGUUAUGUGAUGGAGUCAGGGUUCUACAUGACAUCUUUUGCUGCAACAAUCUUCAUUGCUGGCCUUGUAACUGUUGGGGUUUUAUUAAUCACUUUGCUGAUUGCAUUAACAGUAAUGUUGCAAUCUUGCCAAAGUAAGAGUUCAGGAGUUGUUGAAAUUCAGAAACCAAGUGAUGAUUACAAUGAUUGCAAGAUUUUUGCUCUGUAUGCAGAGCUCAACAGCUUGGAAGCAGAUGAAUUCCCUUCAAUUUGCAGGGAUUUUGCUAGCCAGUAUAUUAGAGUAGGUCAAUAUGCGAGAGAUUUAAAUGCUACUAUGCUGGUGGUUGAGAACUAUUUCAGUAGCAUUAUGCCGCUAAACAAUGUUCUGGAUGUUGUAUUAAUUGACAUAGAUGACAUUCUUUCCUCAAAUCUUCACCAUAUCAAUCCAUUAAUGCACAGAUUUGAUCAGUUCAGUUGUAGUGAUUGUAUUGAAGAGGCUAAGCAUCUGAAGCACCUGCUUAUCUUUAGAUUAUACAUGAAACUUCAAGCUAGUGGGUGGCCUUUAAUUUUGUUAUCAAGAAAGUCUCAGAGACAACAGAAUGCCACUGUAGGGCAUCUUCUUUCUGCAGGAUAUAGUGGUUGGACUUCAUUGAUUAUGAGAUCGGAUGAUGAAGUGCAUAUGGAUAGCUGUGAAUACUUUUCCAGACGAAGGGCAGUGAUGCAGAAAUCUGGCUUCCAUAUAGCAGGUGUGAUAAGCAGCCACAUGGAUGCUUUAACAGGCCCAUAUUUAGGAAAGCGUAUUUUUAAGCUUCCGAAUGCUAUAUAUUACAAUUUGGAGCGUCAAAUUGGGAAAUCUGUUCCAGAAUAGAUCAUGUUCAAAGGUGGAACUGUCGGAUUUUUGUUCUUGUAUUAAUCCUUUGAGAGUCUUAGAUUGUAAACUCUGUUCAGCCACAUCAGAUUUUUACUUUAUGAUUAUUACUGUUCAUUAA